CGAUUGAAAGAAAAAGAGUGGGAAGGAAAUUAUCCAGUCCUCUCACUCCUCUCAUCCUGCUGUGAAAACAAUGGGAACAUACCUUCUCUCACCUCCCAUCCCACUCUCGCACUUCCCUCACACCACCACCGCCACCGCCACCAAGACAUGGCUGCAAUUCCAUCCCUCUACAACAACUCUCAUCAAAACCUCCUCCCCAUCUUCUAAAUCUCUCACCCUUCUCUCUUCAACUUCCUCACCUUCCUCAGUUGCAGAAGAUGAUGAUUCUCUUGCUUCCCCAUCACAGCCCCCCACUCAACAGCUUCCCCUCAGUGGUUGUAAGUCCUGUGGGAGAGAGGAGGUGGAGAAGGGAUGCAAUGGGGAGGGAAGGAUUCAGGGUGGAAUUGCAACAUUUCCAGGCUUUGGUUGGUGGCCUAUAAAAGCUUACAGGCCCUGUCCUGGUUUUGUGGAAUCUGGCGGCCGCUACAGGCGACAAGGGCAAAGCUUGGAUGAGGUUGCCUUCGGAAGAGGGGGAAGAGGAGACUAACACUAAGACUAAAGAAGGUCCAAGGACAGAAGAGGUAACUGCAUCUCGGUAGAGCUUUGACGACGUAUAGUUGAUAACAAGUGUGAAGUCGUAUAGGCGAUGCCCAAUUGGAGGGUUUUAAUGUGAACCAUCUGGUAUAUAUCUACCACAUUGAAUUGAAAACUGGAUGUGUGUUAUAUUUUCCUAUACAGUUCAGAUUCUUGUAGUCAAAGAUUGAUGCCGUGGUAAGUGUCAUCGGAAAGUCCCUCUUUCCGGUGUUGUAUCUUCUAUCUUGUAUAUGAGCAACUCAAAGUUUCUGUUUCCUGACUAGAAUCAUCAGCUUAGAUACUCA